CCACCAAGACAUGAUCUGUUUCUGUGACAAUUGUCAACCUCCGCGAACAAUGGCGCGCUUGCGAAUCUGCGGACUUCACAGCCCAGCUCUUGACAUGGCCCUACAUCAGACUAACCGAGAAACCUGAAAGCUGAGACAAAGAGGCUGGCUUGCGCAGAGAGGUGUGACGAUGAAUGACAUACAUCCUGCGGCCAGCACCACGGUGCUCUCUUGCACAUUGUCUCUCCCGCGACCAUAUAUAAUCCUCCGCUUCUCAAGGUUAUUGGCAGAUGAUUGCAUAGUUCCACAGACUUCAGGCGCAUCGCAUCUGCCUCACUGCACAAGGCAUAUACCGCAACCCCUUGACCAUAUAUAUCCAGAGAUCAUCGUGUCGGGACCCGAGCAGGUCGUCGAGCCCGCAACGUCAGCUUAUCAAAUUUCAGUUUCCACCAAAGCCUUAUCGACAAUGGGGAGAAGCAAGUCAAACAGCCCGUCCAAGUCAAGCUCAGCGACAGUCUUUCUCAGCGUCGAUGAUGGACUAUCAACUAGUGUUGUCGAGAAGUCAGCAACCGUGCACACAGAAAGAUCUGCAGGCUACGUGCACAGACCACGAUUGCCUGUGAUCAUAUGGCUAAUUGUCAGCCUUCCGCUUAUCGCUUGGGGCUCACUCUACGUGUUCUUACGUCCACACUCAAUGCCUGGCGGAAGACUCCAUGCGCCGUUGUGGACACCGUAUGCGCUUUACGGUGACGUUGACUACGUUUACGGGUGGCCCGCUUGGAACAGUCACUCAGGAUUCACUGCGGCUCAGAGCACGAUGAACAUGGCCGAAAGUGUUUUAUACAGCUGGUAUGUCUAUGUCAUAGGUUCAGAAGUCGUGGACUGGAGUUACAAGGGGAUCAAUCAGUUGGAAGUGAGGGGGAAGGGCAUGAACUUAGCGGUACUGCUCGGUUUCUCAGGCGCAGUGAUGACUGUGAGCAAGACGUUGCUCUAUUGGCUCAACGAAGCUUUUUCCGGAUUCGACAACAUCGGACAUAAUUCGUUGUACCCGUUGAUCGUGCUUUGGAUCAUUCCUAAUGGUGCGUGGAUUGUCGCUUCGAGCUAUAUGAUAUAUGUGUUUGGAAAGGACAUUCUUGAGUCGAUGAGCGGAGAGCGGCAACAGGAGGAAGGAUGCAUCAUUGCGGCUGAGAAAUGUCGCGUUGAGUAGGGAGGUUCGGUGGUGUCCUCAGCCUUAUACAGUACG